AUGGCUGCCCGCGGGCUGGGGCGCGGAAGCCUCGAGGCCAUCUUGGUAAAGUCAGCCCAGCGAGCACAGCACGUAGCGCGGGCUCGGACCACCGCCAGUGAAACAAGGAAAUCUCAUUACUUUGUUUCCAGAUCUAUAAAUCGUAAGGACUUAGUGGAUUAUAUAACCACACAUUAUAAAGGACCAAGAAUCGUGCUGGCUGCUGCUGGAGGUGUUUGCCAUGAUGAACUGCUUGAGCUAGCAAAGUUUCAUUUUGGUGACUCUUUGUGCACACACGAAGGAGAAAUACCAGCUCUGCCUCCCUGCAGAUUCACUGGAAGUGAGAUUCGAGUUAGGGAUGACAAGAUGCCUUUGGCACACCUUGCAAUAGCUGUUGAAGCAGUUGGUUGGGCACAUCCAGACACAAUCUGUCUCAUGGUUGCAAACACAUUAAUUGGCAACUGGGAUCGCUCUUUCGGAGGAGGAAUGAAUUUAUCUAGCAAGCUGGCUCAGCUCACUUGUCAUGGCAAUCUCUGCCACAGCUUCCAGUCCUUCAACACUUCCUACACAGACACAGGAUUAUGGGGGCUCUAUAUGGUGUGUGAACAAGCCACAGUUGGUGACAUGCUUCAUGUUGUGCAAAAAGAAUGGAUGAGACUCUGUACAAGUGUUACUGAGAGUGAAGUAGCACGAGCAAGAAAUCUUCUGAAAACAAACAUGUUGCUGCAGCUUGAUGGCUCAACUCCAAUUUGUGAAGACAUUGGUAGGCAGAUGCUAUGCUAUAAUAGGAGAAUUCCCAUCCCUGAGCUUGAAGUAAGAAUUGAUGCUGUGAAUGCGGAGAUGGUUCGAGAAGUAUGUACCAAGUACAUUUAUGACAAAAGCCCGGCUAUUGCUGCCCUUGGUCCUAUUGAGCGGUUACCAGAUUUUAACCAUAUUUGUAGUAACAUGCGCUGGACUCGUGACUAAUUUUUGUGAUCAAAUAUUCUGCACAUAUAUCUAUUUAUAAAACUAGAGAUCUUGAAGUUUUAAAAAGCUGUUAGUCUUCAAAUGAAGUAAAUAAAAAUGUAUUUGGAAAUUC